AUGGUUGAAUACGAUCAUGGGGACGUGUGUGCGUCGUCGUUUGAGUGUACUGUUAUCAACAGACGAGGAAGGUCGCCGAUGAAAACUAGCUGGGUUAACUCGAUAUCUAAAGGGUUAUGCAAAUUAAUUUUGAAAGUGAAAAGAGAAAAGGGAAUCGACGAAGAAGUACGAGUGGUUGAACGUGGUAAUGGUUUUUACGGUGAUGACGAUAAUAUGUAUAAUAAUAUUGGGUUUGUCGGACAACCACCACGGUAA